ACAAACAUAACAAACAAGUUUUAACAAUACAAAAAAAUAUAUAUCUAAAACAUCUAGAAAGAAAGAAACAAAAAAAAUAUGAAAAAUAUUUCAAUCUUUCUAUUUGUUUUUACACUUUGCAUGAUCGACAAUGCAUAUGGUGCCAAUUUAUUGAAAGGGGAGAAGACAACACUAUAUUUCAGGAACGGCCUUAGUUACAAGAAAUGGCUCAAGGUACAUUGUAAAUCAGGGAACGACGAUAUGGGUGUCCACUAUCUGAAACCUGGUGCAAGCGAUUACACAUUCAGUUUCCACGACAACGUUUUGGGGGGUACGCUUAUCUGGUGUACCCUGAGCAAAGGACCUGAUUAUAAGGUCUCUUCUAGGUUUGACGCCUAUAAACAGAACAAGGAUAAGCCUCACGGAAAGUCAUAUAACUAUCUUGCUAAAGAUGAUGGCAUCUAUCACAGUAAUCUUGUGGAAUUUAAACUUCACAAGAAGUUUGACUGGAAAUAGAGAUCACAAACUAAAUCUCCCCUGUUAUCAGAUGUUUUCAAUAUAUGUACUUAUAUUAUUUUAUUUUUUUGAUC